UGCGUGCCUUGUUGCAUACCGUAUCAACAAUUUUUUUUUUGAAAUUGUCGUGCCAUUCGAAUUUUAUUCAGCUUCUCGGUAUUUCUAAUUAUAGAAAGGAAAAAAUGGACAGCGAAAUUUUAAAUUAUCCAAUCCAUCGAUUCCUCGACUCGUCACUUCUCGGUCAGUUCAUUGGGCCCGAAGGAAGCAACAUCUACAAAAUUGAAAAAUAUAACAAAGUUGCAUUGGAUAUUUGGAAGAAUGACGAAGAAAAUUCAAAUGUUCGUAUUACUGGUCCGUAUUGGAAUCUGAAAUCUGCUCUGAAUGAUGUGCUGGAACUGGUCUCGACUAUCAGAAAUAAAAAUCAACGUUAUAAAUUCGAAAUGCCGUCCAAAGACAUUGGAUUCCUCAUUGGCAAGAACGGCGCCAAAAUCAACGAAAUUAAACUGAGUUCUAAUGUUGAUGUUCAUUUCGAGCGAAACAACGAGAAUAGAGAUAAUGGAGAAACAGAUGGAAGAGUUGUUGUAUCAGUCACAGGAAACUAUCAACAAAUUCUCAUCGGAUUGCGCUUAAUCUACGAUAGAUUAACUUCGAAAGGACAAAAAACUCUAUAUGAAGAUCCUCGCACACGCCAAUUCGCUGAAUCUCUUAUGGAAUCCCUCGAUUAAUUAUUUUUCUGUUUAAUAUUUUCAUUUUUCUUACUUCUCUUGCAAGGGAAAUGCGCUAGCAAAUUAUGUUGGCGCAUUUCCCGAAUACUUGCGCGUUUCAUGUGCGGCCGGCCGAUCAAACACAUUUUCUCUGAUUUUAUUUUUUAUUUUACCAUUUUUUGCCUCAAAUCGCAUUUAAAUUCAAUAAAAACUUUAAAAUAAUAA